AUGUUAUGUUCCCGAUUCGCAGUCGGAGUUCUCCGUUUGAUGAUAGCUCAUCAAGUUUACCACACCUACAACUCGGUUUGCAGUUGUCUGCGCCAGAUGCCUUUAACCAGCACCUCUAAACUUCUGCGCACCCGUGCUUGGACAGUGACCUUCGCGCCUACUCCAAAUAACAUCAUUUGGCCCAAUCUUUCUGUGACGCGCACAGUAUGGUGGAUACGGGCAAUCGCUAUCAACGUAUGCGUCUUCAUUGUUGUGUUCUUCUUGACUACGCCCACCUAUGUGCUCAAUUUGGUGAACAAACUCAAACUAACAGAGCGGCUACAGAUCAACAAUGCUGUGAUCAUUCAAUUCAUUCCAUCCUUCAUUUUGUGGUCCGUUUCUGCGUUGCUGCCAAUGUUGGUGUACCGUUCGGAUCAUCUUAUCGGUCAUUGGACCCGUUCCGGACUCCAUCUCACUGUGAUGGCUAAAACCUUCACUCUACUCAUACUGAUGGUUUUGUUGCUUCCAUCUCUGGGACUCACAUCGUAA